AUGGAAAAUAUAUACGAUGAUCCUAACGUUACUGAUGAAAAAAUAUGUUAUAAAGAAUGCAUUGUUCCAUUUGACACCGUUGUAAAUACGUCUGAAAAAGAGAAACUAGAACAUUUAAAAGAAACACCUACAUCUAAAAUAGGGGAAUCUGCUAAUAACAAAAUUGGAGAUAAUCGUAAAUUUGAAAGGAUCUAUAUUAGUGGCCAAAAGUUUUACCGAAUGCGAUUAAUUCGUUUUAAUGUUUAUACUGUAGUUGAAUCUGCAAAUCGCAAAGAAAAGAUUGCUGAAAUUACUCCAGGCUGGUGUGAAUAA